AGAGCGGAGAAGACCACAGACAGCGUUGGUGUUGCCAAGAAGUUUAAAACGAAGGCAGCCGUGCAGGAACAGCAACAGCAACAGCCUUGAGUGAUGGCCACGUUAACGUUGGUAUCUUUGUGUGUGCCUCCAAAAAGUGUAAGAGUGUCUGUGUGGCUGUGUGAUCAGCGAGGCAUGCAGGCAACAUGCCACACCACCAUGCCAUAGGCCACAAGUCCGAAGUUGAUGAAACAACACGUAGCGAAGCCUUGUCGAGGCACAACAGCAAUAUCAGCACAAAAGGAGACGCGUCGAGGGACACAGAGCAACAGCAGCAGAUUAAAUCAGGUCCUUGCCAGGAUUGCAGUUGCCACUCAUUGUUAGUAUGGGUGUGUGAGUGUCUUCUCUCCCCCUUUCUUCUUGGUCUCCUGGCUUUCUGUUUCGGAGAACGUCAACAUGUUUUCGCACUUUUACGUCUGCCCAUGGGCCUAUGGCCUAAACAUCUGCCGUUUGCAUUGCAGCGGCUGUCUAAAAUGUGGAUUCACCGCAAGCGCGCCAUGUGUCAGUGGCAGGAUGGCGGCAGGAAGCACGGCUAAGGAUACUUGCCACGCCAUUUUGGCUUCUUUUCUUUGCUUUCUAGCAAUUCAAACAGUUGGCCAUGAUCUCGGAUUAAAGUA